AUGAUUUUCCCUAAUGGCCCAUUUAUUCGUCCACAUCCAAUUAUUUGGAGAAUUGUUUUUGGUUUAAGUGUUCUUUAUGCUUUGUUAUUACAAUUUACUUUAUAUCAAAGUUAUGAUGAUGUUAAAGCUGUUCUUUCUUGGAUUGAUCCUGUUGGGUUAAGUCUUCGAAAUUUAACUGAAAAGGAAUAUGCAGUUAAUUGUACAGAUGUAUCAAUUUCACGAAUUUGGGGUCAUAUGGAUAUUUUUGCUGUUGGCCAUUUUCUUGGAUGGGCAAUGAAAGCUUUAAUGAUUAGGCAUACAAUUAUUUGUUGGUAUAUAAGUAUUUCUUGGGAACUUACUGAGUUAGCUUUUGCCCAUUUACUUCCGAAUUUUCAAGAAUGCUGGUGGGAUGCAAUACUUUUAGAUAUUUUAAUUUGUAAUGGAUUUGGAAUUCUUUUUGGUAAUUGGGUUUGUAGAUUUUUGGAAAUGCGUCAAUAUCAUUGGGAAAGUAUAAAGAAUAUUCGAACAAUUCACGGUAAACUUCGUCGAGCAGUUCUUCAAUUUACCCCAGAAAGUUGGAUUACCGUUAAUUGGUUAAAAGGAAGUGAUUUAUCUUCAAACAAAAAAGAAGCCGAUUUAAAUACAGCAAAAAGUUUAUCACCAGAAAAUGUCAACAACAAAACUUUAAAAACCCCAGAAAAUGUCAAAACUCCAAUUUUAACCCCAACAUCAGCUUCUUCAAUUAGAUCUGUUGCUAUAAUGGCUGCUGAUGCUAGAGGGGAAGUUUCUACUUGGGCAUCUACUUGGGCGGGGUUAAAACGUUGUAUUGCAAUAUAUAUGUUCAUUAUGAUUUGGUUGGCAACAGAAUUAAACGUUUUCUUCCUUAAACACGUCUUUGCUAUCGACACUUCCCAUCCUGUUGUUUUUUGGCAUAUAAUUUUAAUUUGUCUUAUUUGUGCUCCAACAAUUCGUCAAUAUUAUAUUUAUGUGACUGAUCCAAAAGUUAAAAGGAUGGGAAUGCAAUGCUGGCUCUAUGCUGUUAUUUGUGCUUUAGAAGCUUCUAUCUGUAUUAAAUUUGGUCGUGAACAAUUGCCUUCUGUUAAGCUGUGGUUAAUUGGACUUUGGAUUGCUUUUUUGGCUGUUGGCACAAUAUUUUGUGUUUGGGUUUCAAUUUGGUGGACAAAAUAUCAAAUGCUUACUCGAGAAGUAGAAGUUCGUGGUGGGGGUAUUCGUGAUUGUUAUUUGGAUUCUUCUUGUGAAAAUUUGGGUGCAAUACAGGAAGAUGUUCAUAAACGAAGAAAAAAAUUAAAAAUUUGUUCUUCAAAUGAAAAUUUGGUUGUUGAGAAUAAUAAUGGUGGUGAUGAGAAAAACAAAAAGAAUAAAUAAAGGAAAGGUUUGAUAUUUUUUGGUAAAUUAGAAAAUACAGUCUAAUCCUCGUUUCUAAACUCUGCCCAAAGUCAUUUUGCAGAUAGACGGCUAUUACUUCGUAAUAUUAAAUAUGAGGUCCUUGGAUGGUACCAUAAAUUAGCGGUUAGUUAAUAAUGAUUGUUAGUAGGGUUGUCGGUUCCAUGGAAAAACUUCAGAUAUUCGGAACCGAACCUCUCGGUUCUUGGUCCGGUUCCGAACCGACAACCUUAGUUGCUAGGGUUAAAAACUUGUCUUAUAAUUCGGGGUGUCUUGAUCUUGGGCAUCGCACUUCCUCUCCUUCCCCAUUCCCUUUAUGGCUACUUAAAUUUAAAAAUGUUAUCUUAAAUUUA